CCUCCAAACUGUGGGCGUAUUUUUCCCUCUUGACUCCAGAGUUUUUUUUUUUUUCUUCCCUGGGUGUUGCCUGCCUGGAUUACAACUUUGGAGUUUCACCGGGUGUUGCCGAGAACGACAGAGACAAGCCGGGGAAUUUCUUUAACUACAACGUUUUUUUCCCUUUACUUUUCGGAGCACAUUCUUGGACCCCCGCACUUUGGUUACGUUGGACUUUUCUAGCGACACCGGACCGGUUUACUUUAGCCGCCGUUAGCUAGCUAAGCUAACCGAGCUCGAGCUGCUGUAACGUUGACUGGGGUUUGCUAGCGACAGAGCCGUCCGAUGCAGGCCAUUAAGUGUGUGGUGGUGGGGGACGGGGCUGUGGGUAAAACAUGCCUGCUCAUCAGCUACACUACCAAUGCCUUCCCUGGAGAGUACAUCCCCACAGUGUUUGACAACUACUCUGCCAAUGUGAUGGUUGAUGGGAAACCAGUGAACCUGGGCCUGUGGGAUACAGCAGGACAGGAGGACUACGAUAGGCUCAGGCCUCUGUCCUACCCACAGACAGAUGUGUUUCUGAUUUGCUUCUCACUAGUCAGUCCAGCCUCCUUUGAAAACGUCCGUGCAAAGUGGUACCCUGAGGUGAGACACCACUGCCCCAACACGCCCAUCAUCCUGGUGGGCACCAAGCUGGACCUGAGAGACGACAAGGACACUAUCGAGAAACUGAAGGAGAAGAAACUCUCGCCCAUCAUCUAUCCUCAGGGCUUGGCCAUGGCUAAAGAAAUAAGCUCAGUGAAGUACCUGGAGUGCUCAGCUUUGACACAGCGUGGCCUUAAGACCGUAUUCGACGAAGCCAUCAGGGCGGUCCUGUGCCCCCCACCCGUCAAGAAGAGGAAGAGGAAGUGCACACUAUUGUAAAGAAGAACCACAGGGAGUAGAAAGUGUGGUCGCAGUCAGAACUCACCUAUCAGAAGGAAGAUGAUGAUGAUGGCUGGGUUACCCAAGUAUCUGUUCACCCCCUGUGUCCUUGCUUACAUAGAAGCUCUGGUAGACCAGACACUGAAAGAACCUCACAGAUGAAAGCAGCGCUGAAGGUUUUCUCUCAGAUUUGGUGUCUGGUUGCUUUCAUCCGUUUAGUUCUUUCAGAUCGACAGGAAUGAAGUGACUUUGCUAAGGCCUUGGGGAAUGUGAGGGUGGGGGUGUGUUGGGGGUUUGAUUAAGGAAAAUGAGGGAGGAUUUUACAAAAAAUAUUCAUGUCAUUUCUCUAAGACAUUGUGAAGAAAACACUACUUGAAGUGAAAAUAACGUAGUUCUAACUCCAUAAAUGAAGGAGGUCCUGCACUGCACUCGUUCCCCUACACACUAAGAGAUUCCUGCUGCCUUGAUGAAAUUUUACUUUAAGAAAAAACUGUUUUUAGACGCAAAUUCCUCCUUUUUUCAUUGUCAGUCUUUUGUCAGCUGUGGUUGACAGACCGUUUUGUUUACAUGUGUCAUCUGACUAGACUGAGGUGUUGCCAAGACUCAGUCGACGGUCAUCGCUUUGUCAAUCCAUGAACACUAAAUUGUCGUUUCUCUUCCUUUUUAAUUUUGUUUUAAUCUUUACGAUACCAUCAUGCAGUCGCGUGCAAACGGUUUAAUCCUUAAACGACUUAUAACGAUUGUAGCAGCUGUUAAGAUACCUAAUAACAACUCUACAGUUAAUGAGCAUUUAAAAACAGUGUCCGCUAGAUGUUUAACAGGUUGUGUUCCUUAAAGCUUUCUAGUUCCAUCGCUCUGUUCUCGCUAUGUGUUAAGUGAACACGCAGUAUUUUAUGACGGACUGUCGGGCAUGUAAAGGUGCAGCGCAGCCGAUGUUGUGCUGGUUAAUUCUCUGUCUGUAAAAGUUAAAUCACUUCAUGUCAGUGCUCAGAAUGUGGUUUUGAUAUUCAGGCUUUUUUCUCAGUAUAUGAUGAUCAUAUUGCUAUGAUGGUCUGCAACCAUAUCAUAUUGACCCCAUCUGUAACUGUGUUUUAUGAAGUCUAUGAGCCAGUGUGUUGGCACUGAUUUCAGUGUCUCUGUUGUACAACAUCACCACGAGAAGUAAAUAGUCAGCACAGGCAGUUUUAUUUUGAAACGAGCAAUGAUCAAUUUGCAUGGGUGCCCUGGUGAGUGGUUGUAAAUCUGGACUCAUUUUAUCAGUGUUUCAAUGGCGCAGUGGAAGUGCACACUAAGAGUUACUUUCUUGCUAAAUGUGGUAUCAUUUUCAGAUAGUAAUAUUUAGAUUUUUUUUUUUUUUAUAAAAUGCAAAUAAAAUCAUUAAAAACGC